AUGCAUCUCACAAUCCUACUCAGCUUCGCAGUCCUCACGAGCAUCGUUACAGGAAAAACCCCAGGUUGCGGUAAAGACAUACCUACUAGAUUUCCAACAGUAGGAUCAAGCCAAAACCUCACCCUCCCAGGCACAGAGCGGCAAUACAGACUCUAUAUCCCAGCCAACUAUGACAAGAACAAGCCAACACCACUAUACUUCUCCUUCCACGGAGCGACCCGCGACAUGCUAGAAGAAGAAACCCUAUCUCAGUUCUCGAACCCAGAAUUCAACCCCGACGGAAUCGCUAUCUACCCAGACAGCAAAAACGGGUACUGGCUCUCCAACCCGAAGGCAGAAAUAUCGCGUCCCAACGACCUAGAUUUUACCAAUGACCUGCUUGACUACAUGGAAAACACUCUGUGUAUUGAUACAAGCAGAGUAUACUCGGCAGGCAAGUCAAACGGCGGCGGAUUCACUGGGGUAAUCGCCUGCAAUGCCACAGUUGGAAGCCGAUUUGCGGCUUUCGCGGCUGUCAGCGGAGCCUGGUAUGAUACCGACGAAAUUGAGGGUGUAGGAGCCUGUUCGCCCGCAGAACGUGCAGAGGGAUAUCCAUUUCUGGAGUUCCAUGGUACGACAGAUGCUACUGCACCCAUUGAUGGUAACGCGAAGAGUAAUCCUAAGCUGCCUCUCAUUGGUAUUCUGCAGGGCUGGGCGGCUCGAAAUGGAUGUGGAGACAAUGCAAAGUGGGCUAGGAAUGAGACUAUCUUUGAGAAGCCGCUUGUGAAGCAUGUUUCUUGGGAUUGCGAUGGGAAGAAGGGCAUUGUUCAGCAUUAUCGUGAGGGUGAGAAUGGUCAUUGCUGGGCGAGUACUAUCGGUCAUGGUGAUUAUGACCGACAUCUUGACCAGUGCACGUUGGGCAAAUACGUUUUCAACGCGACGGAGUAUAUCUUUGAUUUUUUCGGGGAGUAUAGUCUAGACAAGUGA